AAGUAGCACUUUCCUUCUCCUUGCCGCUCCUCUCCCCAAGACAGCUUCGGCAAAGCAAGCACGAAACUUUUGACAAAAGCCAUGGCCAGCCUUUUCAAGAAAAUCCUCGGCGUCGGCGAAGUCAACCCAUUUCCCGCCGACGUACCUUUCACAGAUGCUGACCCGUGCGCAGGUUGCGCAACGCCAUGCACCACCCACGAGCAGAUCCCGGGCUACCUGCAGAAGAAAAUCGAACCAGGACCUCUUGUGGGAACCAUGAAGCCCUAUAAACGUCACAUCAUGGUCGUCGAGGGAACGAGCAGAACAUGGAGGGAGAGGAUAGAGGAAGGCGACGAGGAGAAGGUCACGAACGCCGUCUCGAAAGCGGUUGAGAUCGCAGAGCUGGGAUAUAGGACGAUUGUGACGGCGUGCGAUCCCAUGCCGGAGGAGAGUGAUGCUGCCGCUUCAGCAGGAACGGAAGGACAUGCCGUGUGGCUGUUCCCCGACCUUCUUUCCAUCCCGUCCGUGGAUGCAGCAUCAGCUACUGGCGCUAUUGACACCUUGCUGGCCAUGAAGGACGCGCCUGUGCCGUCCGUGGAUCCCUCGGCGAACAGCAUCGACGCCGUAACAACAUCGAGCAACCCAUUGACACCCGUUCCCUUGGAAGGGCGAGCGUGGAUUUUCGUAUGUACGCACAAGAAAAGGGACAAGCGAUGUGGAGUGGCUGGACCACUGCUCGUCAACGAGUUUAGGAGGGCUCUCAAGGAGAUGAACAUUGAUGAUGUGCAUGUCUUCGGUUGCUCUCAUUUUGGAGGUCACAAAUAUGCAGGCAAUGUCAUCAUUUACCACCGCAACCCAGCGGUGGAUGGAAAUUGGUACGGACGUGUAACUGCGUGCCAUGUGCGACCCAUCUUGCAGACGACCAUCCUGGAUGGUCAGAUUUUCAAGGAGCUGUGGCGAGGGGCAAUGCAGAAAUCGGCAGACAUCGUAGCGAAGCGCGGGAAAGAGUGGUAGGAGGUCAUGAAUGCCGCAAAGUACACGGAAAAGGACGGAGAAAGCCAUAGAUACACCUCCGAAAAUCGUAUUUACUCCAACGGGGACGUUUGUAUACACCAGAAUAG